AUGAGCAAUAAUAAUAAUAAUAAUAACGGGAGCUAUCAAGAAAGCAACGAUGAUGAUUAAUCAGAUGAUUAUGAAAUGAAGCAAUCUAAAAAUUUUGGUAAAGCUAUGUUGCUACCAGUCAAAGAUCAUUUGUAAAAGCUUGAAGAUACUAUGAAUAGAGUGCAAAAAGAUUUAGAAUAAAGCCGCAAAGAUAUGAAUAAUUUAAAAACAGAUUUAGCACAUCUAAAAAGUUCUUAAUUUGAUGGAUUCGGAGAUAUUUCUAAAUUCGUCAUGCAUGAAGUAGAAAGGUUAGGUAAUGAUUUAAGAAAACAAGGAACUGAAGAUUUACAUGACACAGACUUUUUAAAAAUGUAAGUAAACUAGCUUCUUGCUGAAAAGUAAAAGCUUGAAUCGACCACAGAUAUAUUAAAAUUAAGAAUUGUAAAUACAGAAAAUGAUGUUGGCUUUCGUUUUAUCUACGACUGA